AAGAGGAGAGGAGGAGAGGAGGAGAAGAGAAGAGGAGAAGAGAAGACACAAGAUGUUCCAGGUACAGGUGGAGGACUGUCUCCGUGGAGACUCGGACCGUCUGGUCUCUCUGCUCCGUGAUGAAGGUCUGACCAUCGUCACCCUCAACAGUCUGGACCAAGUGGUAACCAAGGUUCUGUCUGGUUCCGGUUUCAGCAGAGUUCUGGUUGUGUUGAAGUCCUUAGAAAUCCUGUCGGAGAACAGAGAAGAGCUGCAGACGCUCGUCGACCAUGGACUGACUCCCAAAGUGUUGCUGUGGUUUGAAGCCGUCCGUGAUCUACUGACCUCCGACCUCCAUAAAAGCUCCGUCCCCCUGCUGAGCCUGACUGAGGAGUUCUACAACUACUUCCUGGUGCUGGCUCAGUCUCUCCCAGUCAGGCAACUGUCUGUGGUUCUUCUUCAGCUGGCUCAGUUCACCCUAGAACCAGAAAUUAAUUUCCCACUGAGACUGGAGGCUAUCCGAACCUUUAACAGCAUCCUGGAGUCUCUGAACCGAGAACAGCGGAGACUAAUCCAGAACCAGAACCAGAUACUGGCACAGCUGGCAGCAGCAGUUCUCACAGUUGGAGACUACGAGCUGCAGGUCAGCCUAUCAGAGGCUCUGUGUCGUCUGACGCCCAAGAAAGACAGACAGCAGAGAGCCAAUCAGUGGUUCUCCAGCAGUGACAUCAGCAGCGCCUUCUGUGACAUCAGAGACGGAGACUUUGAGGUGGACUGCAGACGUUUCCUGAAUUUCGUUAACUGUUCCCAUGGUGACCAGAGGAGGGUCUUCACCUUCCCGUGUGUCCGAGCGUUUCUCGACUCCACUGAGUUGUUUCCACCACAAGAUGAAAAACUGGACAAUUUCUGGAUCGAUUUUAAUUUUGGCUCAGGAUGUGUGAGCUUCUUUGUCGAAGAGCCUCAGGGGUUCCUCUGGGGGUCCGUCCACCUGAUGAAGGAGGACGUUCUUCACUACAGUGUCCAGAUCAAACAUCACGGAUGCACCAGCACAGAGAUGGUCUUCAGUGUCCAGUUGAACAAUCCCAUCAUGCACCACAACAGCCGAGGUCAGACGGUGGAACUGAGCUUCAACUGUGAACAUCAGAGAGAACUGGAGGAGGCAGCAGAGAGAGUCUUCAUGCGGAGACCAUCAGGUGGUACAGUCCAGGCCCCACCCCCAGGUCGGUCCUACAGCAGGAAGAAACCACAGAGCAAGAGUCAGCUGAAGAUUCUGCCUCUGUCGUCUCCCAGCAGUGAUGAAGACUCCUCCGUGAUGAAGACUUCAGGAAACAGAUCGGAGUUUCUGUUUGAUCAGAUCAGACUCUCGACUCCGACACUCGCCUCAGGUGUUACAGUGGGGGCGGAGCUGGGGGCGGAGCCAGAGGAGACGUUUGGAGGAAGUAGUUCUCCGUUCCAACAGGAAGUGUCCAGCAGAGGGAGGAAGAGAAGCGCUGCAGACUCAGGCUUCCUUUCAGACCAAACUGAGGGCACAACGGCCCACAAGAAGAGAGUGGAGCCUCAGGCAGAAGGGGAGGAGUCAAAUUCAACAGUGACAUCGUGUUCACUGGAGGGGGCGGGGCCAUCUGGAGAAGAAGCGGGGUCAUCUGUCAAGCCUUUGAAUCCACCAGGGACGGAACCAGAGUCGGACCCAACUCCCGACAUCUCAGCUGCCUUCAAACGCUUCACAACACAAGUGCAACAGCAGCUCACUGGCCGCUGGCAGACGAUCGAAACUGAAGUUCUGCUGUCACUCAAAGAGUGUCAGCAACAGAUGACAUCACUGCUCACAGCUGUCCAUCAACAUAGGUUGUUGUUCCUGCAGAGGUUUGAAAACAGCAUCACUGAUCAGCUCAACCAACUGGAAGAAAACUCAACAAACCUGAACAACAUGAACACGAACAUCCUGAGUUUUCUCCAGUCUCAGAUGAAGCGACUCGGCUCCUUCUGUGAUGAACAACAGCAGAGGUUGAAAUGUUUGGAAAACGGAGACUCUGAGAAUCUGUCUAGCAAAUGAUGGAGAGAGGAGCUCGUCCAAUCAGGAAGAGACAAAAAUAAAAACAUG